GCACCUGCGUGAGUUGGGCGGAGGAGGAGGAGCGAGGUGACGCAGGCGUAAUAAUAGAGAAGGUGCCAGAAAGAUCCAAAACAAGUGGCUGCGGCCGUCGCCUGGGAGUCGUGAGACGCCGGAAUUCGGCCCUGGUUCUGAGCUUGUUCUGCCCCGUUCCCCCGGGUAUGGCGCUGUCCGGGUCGACCCCGGCCCCGAGCUGGGAGGAGGAUGAGUGUCUGGACUACUACGGGAUGCUAUCGCUUCACCGUAUGUUCGAGGUGGUGGGCGGGCAGCUGACCGAGUGCGAGCUGGAGCUGCUAGCCUUCCUGCUGGACGAGGUCCCCGGUGCCCCAGGCGGCCUGGCCCACGCCCGCAGUGGCCUGGAGCUGCUGCUGGAGCUGGAGCGCCGCGGGCAGUGCGACGAGAGCAACCUGAGGCUGCUGGGGCAACUCCUGCGCCUACUGUCCCGCCACGACUUGCUGCCGCACCUGGCGCGCAAGCGGCGUCGGCCAGUGUCUCCAGAGCGCUACAGCUAUGGCUCGUCCAACUCUUCUUCGAGGAGGAUGGAGGGCAGCUGCCGGCGCCGCCGCCAGUCAAGCAGUUCGUCGAAUGCUGAGCAGGGUCAGUGGGAGACAGGUUCUCCCCCAACGAAGCGGCAGCGGCGGAGUCGAGGCCGUCCCAGUGGUGGUGCCAGACGGCGGCGGAGGGGGGGUACCACCGCCCCCCAGCAGCAGCAGGAGCCAGCCCGGCCCACCUCAGAAGGCAAAGUGACCUGUGACAUCCGGCUGAGGGUGAGAGCAGAGUACUGUGAGCACGGGCCAGCCUUGGAGCAGGGCGUGGCCUCGCGGCGGCCCCAAGCACUGGCCCGGCAGUUGGAUGUGUUUGGGCAGGCCACCGCGGUGCUGCGCUCCCGGGACCUGGGCUCCGUGGUGUGCGACAUCAAGUUCUCCGAGCUCUCCUACCUGGACGCCUUCUGGGGCGACUACCUGAGCGGUGCCCUGCUGCAGGCCCUGCGGGGCGUGUUCCUGACUGAGGCGCUGCGCGAGGCGGUGGGCCGGGAGGCCGUCCGCCUGCUGGUCAGCGUGGACGAGGCCGACUACGAGGCUGGCCGGCGCCGCCUGCUGCUGAUGGAAGAGGAGGGGGGAGGACGGCGCUCGCCCGAGGCCUCCUGAUCCUGGAUGCGGCAGGACUGACCCCACCUCCUCGCCUCUGGGCCACCUUCUCCCUGGGAGGAUGUCGACCAUCUCUGCCCCUAGAGGACUGUCACUCCAGCGGUGCCGAGGACUGCGACAGACACCAGGCCCCUUGCUAGACCCUCCCACAGGAUGUGGGCUCUGAGGCCUAAACCACUUCCAGCUGAGUUUCCUUCCUAGCCUCCCCCCAUCCCCCACCCCACCCUUAGGUGUGUUUCUUCAGCUUCAGGAGACCAGGGGCUCAGGCAUGCAGAUCUGAAAGGAAGGGAGGCAUAGCCCCGCACUCACCAAAGGCCCCUUGCACAUUGUCUCCCAACCCUGGGCUGUGUGUGUGCAUCCACACUACCCUCUCUGAAACCACCCCUGGGCGCCUGCCCUGGUGUGCUCCACUUACUUUGGCCUUCGGGCUUCUCUCUCAGGAUCUCCGAUUAUACGGCCCCUCAGCCCUGAGCUUCAGCCACACCAGUGGGCACUGGAGCUGAGGUGUACCUGGGGCCUGCUCACCUUGCCCACACAUCUCUACAGCCAGCUGGGGCUCCACCCAGCUCCCACCCACCAACCUGGCCUCCACUCUCUCCUGCUCCCUGGAGCUGGACACAGACUUGUACACAGAUCUGUGCCCAGAGUGUCACAUGUGUGUUGCAGCCACAUCAGACCAAAUGUGCUGUUUCCUAGGAGGCCAGGCCGAGGAUCCAGCUUCCUUCUUAGAAAGGGGGGAGGCAAAGGCUUGGGGUUAUUGGGCAAGGCCUUGUACCAGUGGCACCAAUAAAACUGCCCUGGACAGGGCACAGGUGGGCA